AUGAGAGAGCGACUGAUGAGUAUCAAGGCCGCAUUUGAAGAUAUCGAGAUGGACUUGGAGGCUUUACAUUCAGUGUGGGAAGGCACCGCUCGGUACUUAGCAGAAGACUCUUGCGCAUCGUCCACCGAGUACGUGUUCGGCCUGCUGAACAGGUUUCUACUUGAUGUCAAAGUCGCCAAAACUCUGCUCUUCCGAAAGGGGCUCAAUUUUGCCAGUGAAGCGAACGCACUUCUUCCUCGUGCUUACGUGGGGAGUAUCGUGGCGACCAAGUUCGGCUCAGGGAUCAUAACGGCACUCCGAGUUAGUGAUAAGCGCAUUGAAGUCAAGUUUCCCUGGAGUCGAGAAGCAUAUCUGGAACCUUCUUCAAUUCUGUCUGUUGGUAGUUUGGUGCGGUGUCGACAAUGGGGUGUAGGUAUUAUCCGCGAGACUUGCUACGAUGUGGGCUUCUGCGACGUUCGGUUUUCGUUUGGAUACGGCAAAGUUCGGGUCGAGGAAUUGGUGCUGGAAACGUCAUCAAACAAAGAGGAAUUGCGUAUUCAGUUACUACGUUGUGGAUUCUGUAUCGGCGAUCCCGUUAUCACACCAUUUGGAUGUGGCCACGUCCAGUCAAUUCGCGGGAAACCUCAGAGCCCUACUGCUGUACUUGCAGUUGGUAUGCAUGUCAAACGAAACUAUUGA